AUGAAGUUGACCCCAAAAUUUGAGACUAAUGCACAAUUGUUGUUGCUUCUUUUGUGGAAUUAUAUUCUACUUGAAAUCUAUCUAGUGAAUGUCAAGCUACAAGAUUCUUUCAAUUGUGUAAAAGAGAUCCUUAUUGAGGAGUCCAAUGUGCAGCCUGUCAAUAGCCCGAUCACUAUUUGUGGUGAUAUUCAUGGUCAAUUUCAUGAUCUAAUGAAACUUUUCCAGACAAGAGGUCAUGUACCAGAAACAAAUUAUAUACUUAUGGGGGAUUUUGUUGAUCGAGGUUACAAUAGUCUUGAAGUUUUCACUAUCCUUUUGCUGCUUAAAGCUAGAUACCCAGCAAAUAUUACCCUUUUGCGUGGAAACCAUGAAAGCAGGCAACUAACCCAGUUGUGCUCUUCUAUCAUAUUUUAA